UCCUAAACCCCUGGCAAUCGCUGCCUGCAUUCCGUGCUGUUGUUAAAUCCUUGCUGGCCUUGUCCCUGGGGGUUGUUUUAUCACUGGGGCAGUGGGAACGUCAGAUGAGCUCUCCGUUGCUUUUCCCCGUGAGGUUCUGGAUGCCAACACCGGCCUCCUGUCCUGUCGCCGUUUCCAGGAAAACCAUCGCCCGGCCCCUUCGCGUGGGCGUUUCUCUGAGCGUUCACAAGAAACAGCCCCGUCGCUUCAGCCAUGGCUGCGGGACAAGCCGUGGAAAAUCUUCAGGAGGAAAUCACCUGCGCCGUCUGUUUGGAUUUCUUCCGCGAUCCCGUCAUGCUCCUGGGUUGUGGCCACAAUUUUUGCCGCCGUUGCCUCGAUUGUUGCUCCGCAGAUGCCGCUGGGGCCGGUUCCUGCCCCCAAUGCCGUUUACCUUUCCCCCGCGAUGGCUUCCGUCCCAACCGGCAACUGGCCAACGUGGUGGCGGCCGUCCAGGAGCUGGCAAUGCCGGCGGCGGAGGAGCUUUGCCGGCAGCACUGCCAACCCUUCACCCUUUUUUGUCGCCGGAAUGGGAUCCUCCUCUGUGCCGCUUGCGCCGAGAAUCGUGCCCACCGUGCCGUGCCCCUUGAAGAGGCCGCUCGCGAGUACAGGGAGCGGUUCGAAACUUCCCUAAAAGCCCUGCAAGAGGAGGAUGAGCGACGUGCCAGGCUGGCAGCGGCAGCGGAGGAAAUGAGACAGGAGAUGCUGACCCGAGUCGAUGCCGAGAAGCAGAAGCUGCUGGCGGUGCUGGAAGGGCUUCGGCGGGUGCUGGGCGAGCAGGAAUCGCGGUUCUUGAUCCGUCUUGGUCGCCUACGCCGAGGGCUGGAGGAGCAGCGUCGCGGUGAGGCCACCGAGCUGGCUCGGCUCCGGCAACGCCGCACCGAGCUCCAGACCAAGUGCCGACAACCGGACAGUGACCUGCUACGGGAUGCCCAAAUCACCUUGAGCAGGUGCACGGAGUGGAGGGCACAGCCAUUGCUGCCACCAAUGCCAGAGCUGGAAGCGGAUCUUGAGGAUUUUGCCCUGAAAACCAACAUGCUGGCAGAGGCGGUGACACAGUUUAAAGACAUCUUGGGGUGCUCGCUGGAAGAAGACUUGGGGGGAUACCGGAGAGCAACCGUGACGCUGGACCCAGCCACAGCUCACCCCCAAAUCCUCGUGUCAGCAGACGGCCGGACCGCGAGACGCCGGGAAUCGCCCCCGGCUCCUCUUCCCUCGGGAGCUGAGCGUUUCGAGUCUCUCCGCUGCGUUUUGGGUCAGCAGGGCUUCACGGGGGGUCGGCACCGCUGGGCUGUGGAGCGGCGCUCCAUUGGCUGCUCCUCGCCGCGCGGCCCACCCCCCCCGCCCCUCCUCGGAGCGGACCUGAGUGAGGACUGCACGGCCGGCGAAGCGCGGCGGACACGGAGGGGCGGACCUGAGUGAGGACUGCGGUUCCCCUGCGAGGGCGGGGGCGUUAAGACCUCCCCUGCUCCUCAUUGGCGGCCAUUAUAAGUGGAAAAAGGCGGAUUUUGGGUGGCGGGUUUGCAAUUAUUCGGGUUAAUAAUCGGCAGGUGGUUAUAAAAACGGGGCUAAACAGGCACUUUUUUUAAUCGCCGGCUCGUUAUACCCCAAAAGGAACCAAUUUCGCCCCAAAAUACAGCUCCAGUGCAAAUCGGGGAGGGUGUUGGUGUUUUUAAUCCUCGGGUUUUGGGGACAUUUUCCCCUAGGCAGCAGGCAGCACGCUGGGAAAUGGGGAUUUUCUGUCACAAAAUGGUGCCCAUGGGGAAGAAAACCCCAAAUUGGGGAGGAAUUGGUUAAUAAAAGAGAGGUUUUGCACUGCUGCCUCAGGGUGAAAGUGCUGAUAACCCCCCAAGGCCCCAUUUUUUGGGGCAGACUGUCCCCCUUUUAAGUGAAAAUAAAAAGACUUGGUGUUUUCAGCACCAGCAGUGGAGGUGGGGAGAAAAGAGUUCCGCAAAUAUCCCUGAAACCACCCAGAUUUAACCCAAAUCCUGCUUGGAGAGGGGAGUGAGGGCAUAAAUCCCUCCCAGUGUCACCAGUCUGCCCAGUUCUCCCUCCCCGCAGCCGGCCUUUUCCCCACUUCUUAUCCCAGUUUCUUGGGAUAAAAUUUCAUCAUUUCAUUUCAUUUCUUCCAUUUCAUAACUUCCCCUGCUCUGAAAAGAAGCUUUUUCUCCCCAAAACGAAGCCAAGCAGGACUUUCUUCCCCCCCAGACCCCUCACUGCCCAACCCCCCUCCCUGAAAAGCCACAUCUGAGGGUUUAUUUAAGCUAAAAAAGGCCUUUUUUAACAUAAAAGGGGCUUUUUAGCAGCAGAAAUUAUGCCCCUCCCAGACCCUGGUACUCCAAGCCUGGAACAUAUAGGACAGAACAUAUAGACCAGCAAGCAGGCUGCGGUAUAGGGUGUAACUAUAGUGAGGGGAGCGUAUGGACUGCGAUAUAGGGCCUGGAUAUAACGCUCAGACCCUACAGCCCAAUACAGGCACAAGAGCACAUAGCCCACACCAUAUGACCCCAUAUAGAGUAAAUAUAUAUAUAUAUAUAUAGCAUAUAUAGGGCCCAGACUGCACAGCCACAUAUGGGGACGAGAGCACAGACCUUUAUACAGGUCCUAGACCGCACAGCCUAACACAAGGCCUGGAAUAUAGGGCCGAGACCAUAUAGGAACCACGGCAUACAGGUCUGUAUAGACCCCCAGAGAUCUACAUAGACCCCCAUAGAUCUGUAUAGACCCCUACAGAACUGUAUAGACUCCUACAGAUCUGUAUAGACUGCCAGAGAUCUGUAUAGACUGCCAGAGAUCUGCCCCAUAGGUCAGUUUGUGGCCUGCAGCAACCAGAGCAUCGAGCUGAAUGAAUAUAGGGACGACACCCUAUAGCACAAUAUAGGGCCUGGGCAGCACGGACGGAGCUGGCAGCUGGGCUGAGAGGUAACAAAAGAAAUUUGGAUUUUGGGUUCUUUUUUUAGGGUUUGUUUUUUUUUUCCUUUUAUUUUGGAAAAUAAUUUCUCCGCUUGGAGCUGCCCUCGCCCCAAAUUUCCCCCAUGGCGGCACCAGAGAAGUGGCGGGUGAACGGUGCGCUGCUGCGCGCCAAAUCCUCCCCGCUAAAGACACGCC